UAAAUAAGGAGACGGACAAGCGAAUAGGGAACGCUGUCACGUUCGUGCUUUCGUCGCCGAAUGAUUCCGAAACGUGGAACAGCAUUGUACGCGAUUAUACAUUAGAUAGGACAAGGCUGCAGAUCUAAGGAGCCUCAGCGUCGCUCUGGUGUGCCGACGUUUCCGUCGCCACCGCCCCUGGCGUGAUGAAUGCGCGAAUUCAGUGAUCGCUGUCGCUCGCUUGUGGCCCUUUCCGUUCCGGUGCGUGAACUGGUGCUACCACACGGCUCAGAACACAAGGGCCUUGCGUUAUCUAAAUGGCGUCACCUACAGACCCGCUGGCAUGACGUCAACGCUGGGAGAACACACUUCUGUCGUCUAUAGGAGGCGGAGCGCUGUACUGCAUGGCGGACGCUCCAAAUGAAAGCCCGUGGACUCAAUUGUCGCGCGUCUGGCUUACAGCACACGCAUCAGAAGUCGGACCCGAAAAAACAGCACGCACAACAAGAGAGGGAAGUGGCAAUGCAGGGCAUUUUUGCUUUCACAGUCAUCGCCUUCUCAGGCAUUCUCAAGCUCCUGGAGAGGAGCUUCCACCUGCCGCACACGCUGGUGCUGUUCGUGCUGACGACGCUGGGCUCCUACGGCUACACCUUCAUUGCCGACUUCACGCGCAUCGCGACCGACGCGACGAACAGCUUCAGCGAGUCCGAGCUGCUCGUCGUGUUCCUGCCGGCCCUGGCCUUUCACGCCACGCACGGCAUCAACUUCUACGUCUUCCGGCGUUGCCUGGUCGAGAUCCUGCUCUUCGCCGUUGGCACCACCGUGAUCAACACGUACAUCAUGAUGGAGUACAACAUGGCCAUCAUGCGCAACAAUUUCGGCCGACUCUGGUGCUUCAUCCUGGGCGCCCUGCAGACUUGCACCGAGCGCGUCUCCGUCGCCGACAGCCUGCUCAACAAAGGCAAGCACCCGAUGAUCGCCACCAUCCUGAACGUGGAGACCUUAGUGAGCGCCAUCCUGUCGUGGGACAUUCUGAACAUCAUCAUCCGCCAGGCCAAGAGUCACAAACGCAUCAGCGUGAUUCCUCUGCUGCUGGACAUGAACAUGUCCAUGGUGCUUAGCGGAGCAUGCGGCCUGCUGUGCGCGUUGCUGGUGAAGUCGACGCUGCGCCGCUGCCGCUUCCAGCCCCAGAGCAUGGUCGUGUUCGUCGUGGCCUCGUCGUACGCCCUGUUCGCGCUGCUCAAGUUGUACGGCGGCUGCGGCAUCUUGGGCGUCAUAUUCUUCUGCGUCAUGAUCAGCACCGACACGCUCAUCACUUCCACGGGGCUGGAGGACGAGCUCAAGAGGUACUGGGAGGUGCUCCAUGAUAUGAGCGAGGUGAUAUCGCUGCUGUUGUGUGCCCUCUAUAUCGGCCGCGAGAUAACGCCCAAUGUGAUCGCCACCGACAUAAGCACGGCGUUGUUGACAUAUCUGGUAGCCGUCGCAUCCCGCGCCGUGUCGGUGGUGUGCAUGCUGCCGUUCCUGUCGUCGGUGCGCUCUUCAUCGCGUCUCGCCCAGGCGUUGAUCCUCAUCUGGCUGGGAAUGCGCGGCUCCUACCGCAUCUUCCUGGCCGUGCACUACCUGCGACUGCUCAAGGUCUCCAUCGGGGAGGCCACGCGGGGAAUCGUCCACGUCGCAAGCGCCAUGAUGUUGGUCGACUUGAUCAACGUGAUGCUGUUCGAAAACAUCUUGACAUUCAUCGGCUACGUGAGCGACUCGGAGCUGGAGCGGCUGACGCUGCGCAACGCGCUGCGCUACCUGCGCCACACGUCGCGCGUGGCGGCGCACGCCGAGCGGGCCGAGGCGCGCUUCGUGCCCGUCGACUGGCGCUGGGUCACCGGGCGCACCUACGUCGCCGACCUGUUGCUCAAGCAGCCGGCCAAGGGGUCGACCGCCGUGCAGCUGGCCGCCAUGAGGGACGCCGACGGAGUCGGUAACGAAGUGCAGACCGAACGAAGUGCAGACCAGGAAGCCGCCAACAUGAAGGCUUACGAGUUUGCUAUCGAAAACGCCAUCCGCAUACAGAGGGUUAGCUACCAGAAGCAGUACCGGUCGGGCAUGAUUCAAAAGAAGACGGAGGCGCGCCUGCUCGCCGCCUUGCAGUACCCGUACGAGAGCAAGACGUACCUGAACAUCGACAUGAUCCGGCAGCUGAUUGCCGUGCCUCCGUGGGUCAACUGGCUGAAGUCCUUGCUGAAGAGCGGCACCGGCGGCGACGACUUCGGCUGCGAAGGCCUCGCCGACCGGGGCGAGGGCGGCGAGUACUCGUUCGAGAUGAGCAUCCGCGAACGCGUCGUCGAGGUGUUCGAGCACCCGCGCUACGACCUGGUCCAGUGCUCGGUCACCGCUAGCGCUGCCGCUUGCCUCGGGGGAGUCCUGCUUCUGCCCGUGUACGACCACCAGGUCGGAGUGCUGGCGAUCGGCGUGCAGACCGCCUACCUGGCCGCGUUCGCCACGGAGAUGUCCAUCAUGGUGUUCGUGUACGGCCAGCGUUUCGUGCGCAUCGAGCAGUACAACCUGCUGGACUUGCUGCUGGUCGUGGGAUGCUCCGGGCUGUACGGGCUCCAGCUGACGCUGAGGGUGGUCGACGAGCGCCUCAGCGACGGCACCGUGGGCAUGGCACUGGCGACGCUCUUCCUGUGCGCCAUGCUCAUGCGCCUCGUGCACCUGACGCAGUACGGCGAGGACCUGGUGGAGUGGGUGAUCAGCCUGAUCCACCAGUACAUGGACUCGAUCAUCUACGCGGCCUACGAGACCGGGCUGGCGCUCAUCAAGGGUGAGGAGGACGUGCGCGAGAACAUCUGGAAGACGGUCGACGAGUUCAUGGCCGACCAGAUUCGCGGCCACGCGGGCGAGAACCGCCUCGAGGUCCUUCGACAGGUGGUGGAAGUGCACAGCAAGUACCCGGGCGUGGCGGUGGCCUUCAAGAGCCGCCAGGCCUGUCAAAGCAUCCUGAACGACGUGCGGCGACACAUCGACGAGCUCCUCCACAACGGCGCCAUGGACACUGCCGAGCACCGCAAGAUGAUCACGGCCGCCGAGGAAGCGAUGCAACAGGUGAUGUCCGCGCCUUACAGCUUUCCCAGCAGCUACAAGCCCAUCUCCGUGCUACGCGCCGUGCCGUGGAUGGGCACCGACCAGCUCAGGGAGUUCCUAGCGAUGACCAUCAGACCCGUGUCCUACGAUCCCGGUGCGGAGAUCAUACACGAGAACGAGGACACUUCCAUCGUCGUAGCGACCUCCGGUAUUGUGAAGGUGUCCGGCGAGGUGACGGAGAACGUGGACGGCGCGCUGCCCAACACGGCCUCGUUCCUGUACUUCUACAGUGAUGGAUACUUCGAAGAUUACAUCCUGGCGCCCGAGAUCAUCGGCACGCUGAGCAUCGUCUCGGACGAGCCCUGCGUCACCACGGUCACCGCCGAGACCGCCGUGAAUGCAUACCUGAUCCCCAAGGAACGACUGCUGGAGGCGCUGGAAGUGUUCACCGCAUGGCCCAGCUUCCGCUACCAGCUAUGGUACUUCAUCUGCUCCACGCUGAGCACGCCUCUGCUGCAGUCACAGCCGCAGUACCAGACGUGGCCCACGGAAAAAGUCAACAACCGUCUGGAGCGGAUGCAGAUGCCGGACCUGAUGAACGCCAAGCACUUCCAGGUGGGCGCAGACAUCGAGGACCUGCUGCUCAUCCAAGGUCGCAUCAUGGACGCCACCACAGAGGAGGAGUACCUGGCGCCCAUGUACAUCCCGCGCACAGUCACCAAGAUCAUCUUCCCGGGUGAGGUGUACAGCCGGCCGUGUCCCGUGAUGGUGAUCAUCGCCAACGAGCAGUACACGCUGCCCGAGGAAGUGGACUGGGUGUUGCGCGAGCAGCGACGCGGCGACGACAAUAACGAGCAGCGCGCCGCCGCAGCCGCUCCCUCCGCCGGCUUCCCGAACUUCGACGAGAUGACCUAUGUGUCCAGGGCCCCCGGUGCGAAGAAAACUGCCGAGCCUGAGUGAAACAUUCGUGGAGCCGGAAGAUAUAUAUAUGAGCCUACAGUGACGUGCGGCGUGUAGUUUUCGGAUAUAUGGUGUGCUGUCUCCCUAAUUGUUUCACUCGUACCAGUUAGCACACACAUCUGUAUAAAGAAAUCUUACGUAAGCAUGACUUGCAUUGGUGUACGACGAGUCCCAGCUGCAGUGUUGUCACUUCUUAAUAAAGAUACCCUUUUCUCCGAG